ACCUGCAUUUCCAUGCAUAGCAUUAACAGAAAAGAAAAGAAGAAGAAAAAUGGGAAGGGGAAGCAAAGCUAUAGAUUCUAAUCGUCUACAGUUAUUUAUCUUCUUCAUCGUUUUCACAGCUGAAGCUCUUGUUACUGCAAAGGCUCGCCUUCUCUACCAAACCAAACCAAACCCAGCGGAUGCAGUUGCUACCGCCCGCUGGUUGGUCUCUCACAACUCUUGGGGCGUCUUGAGUACCAUCUCAAUUGAUCUAGGUGGAGCUCCAUUUGGAAAUGUAGUUUCAUUUAGUGAUGGUUUACCUGGUGGUGGUCGUGGCAUCCCUUACUUUUAUCUAACAGCCCUGGAUCCCACGCCAAGAAAUGCAUUGAAGGAUGCAAGGUCUUCACUUACUAUCAGUGAGUUUCCUAUUGGAAGUUGUGGCAGAACAGAUCCUGAAAACCCAACUUGUGCUAAACUCACCCUUACAGGAAAGUUGAAGUUGGUUGAUAUAAAAUCCAAGGAAGCAGAAUUUGCAAAAAAUGCUUUAUUUUCAAAGCAUGCAGAGAUGAAAGGUUGGCCCAAUGAUCACAACUUCCAGUUCUUCAAGCUAGACAUUGAGAACUUAUUUUUGAUUGACUGGUUUGGUGGCCCUAAACCUCUUACUGUGGCUCAGUACCUAAAGCCUAGAAUGUAAGCAGACUAGCAUAUAGCAAAGAUGCCCUAAAUAAAUGUAUUUUAAUUAACUUUUCUUGGAUUUGGUUGAACUUGAACUUUCUUAGCUAGUGCUUUUUCUUUUUUCCAGUGGUGGGCAUUUAUCAUCUACAUGAUAGUGCUUUUCUUUUUCCAA